AUGACGAAUACAGCAGGUAUGUCAGACGCAUCCUUUUCGGACGCAGAGGACAUUGAUGGAGACAUCAACUCGCAAUCGGGCCGAAACGCUCUUCACAAUGAAGCCACAGCUGUUCCGAGAGCACUGGCACCGAGCUCGAAUGCACAAGGCAACAGACCUCCGGAGACGGGCUUCAAUGAAGUAUGGUUUACCAACACUCAGGCAAUCUACUUGAUGAAUGUGAGGCAACGAGGCAAGGAAGCGUGCCUGUGGAGGGAGGCUCUCAAGUUCUGGCACUCUAGGAUCCAGAACGCUCCCUAUGAGAGGGUGAAGAUCAGCGUUGCGCGGAAGGUCCUGGUGGCAGCGCGGCUGACUGGUCUGAAUCAGCCGAUCUACUACGAGACGUUUCGACGCCUGGGACCUCGAAUCCUUGAGAAUGAAGAGAGCAACAUGGAUAGUCUUCUAGAGGCGAUGAGGCCUCUUCAUUCCGAUAGCAAUUGGUACAGGAGGUUCUACGGUGCAGAAGAUCGUUGGGACAGAGAUUUUUUGAGCUAUCAUCUGGAAAAGCUGACUGGAGUCUCCACGUCGACUGAGAAGCACACAGAAGAGAAGUUUGGUUUCUCCAUAGUGCACGUGAGGUCAAAGCGUUACCAUCCUGUUGAAAUGGCAGCCAUACUCCGAGGUCUCGUUGGAACGACUCGUGACAAGAUGCCUGGAGAUCUUGAUGCAAACUUGACCGAGGAAUGGUUGAAACGUGCUGAGAAACUGGAGGACCUUCAGAAUGAUGAGCUGAACAACGUUUACACCGAGGUUCAGAUGUUCAUCAUCCGGUGCAUGGAACACUAUUACCGAGCUCAACAAUCUCUCGAGAGUGCCAUGCGACGGGCCGCAGACGUCGGAGUGAUUCCGUUUUGUAAGCUGGACAGUGUUGAUCGCUAUGACUUUGAAAACACCGAGCUUGACAGGUUUUACCAUGACCAUCCUGGCGGACAAGAGACUGCUACUCUAGAGCAGAUCGAGGGAUAUGUGAAUGAGGAGAAGCGAGUGUGGGAUAAGUGGAAGUCGGUGCUGGACUUUGAAGGAGUGCCUGAACCACAGAUCUUCAAGUUCCUUGACGACCUCAGUGCACCGUCGAUGAUGACGAAUCUCACGAGCUACAUCAAGGUUUACAUGGAACGAAAGGUGAACCUGCGGGAGAAUGCUCGGAGAGCCGGACGUCUGGCGUGUGUGCGGGAAGCAAUCUUGGAGUCCCAGAAACAAGUGCAGGAUGCCAAGACCAUGCACGGCGAAGGAAGGCGCAUUGCUGUGUUUGGGUACAAGAUGGCACACAAUGAGAAAAAGGGAGUCCCCGAGUCCGAAGAAAAGUCGGUAGUUGUCAGGAUGGUCUCUUUGUACAGGAAGACAGACUCUAAUGACUCUCGGCAAGAGCUGGACUCUCGUUUGUUUGAGAUAGGCUUGAGCCUGUCUGGGAACUAUCUGAACUUUGACCUCAGUGUUGAACAUGACGAUACGGUGGAUGUCUUGAAGACUUGCGGUCUAGGGAUAGAAACAUCGGACUCAAUCAGUUUCUAUCAGUUCGUCAACCGUGACAAGCACUCUCCCAACGCCAAGACGGUCGAAGAGAUCUUGUCGCAGACAAAUCCGUCGACUCCAAAGUUCACUCACAUCCUGCUUGUCCUCAACGACAAGAGAUCGGAAGGCGGGUCCCAUUUUCAAGACAUCUCAGAUGCAGGAAGCCGAUUUCUGAUAGACCUGCGCGAGGUUGGCAACGUCAAGACUGAGGGUGUUGGGUACAGUGCCUUGGCCGUGGAGCCGAUCGCCUCAGUUUGUCAGGUUGGUGAAUCAACCGAAGUCCUCCCCUUCUACCGUCUAGCUGUGCUGAUGCCCCCGAGUGCCGUGUACCAGACUGGAACUGGCCGAUUGACCGCGACAGCACCGCGAGGUCAAGGGUUCAUGGAGAGUGCAGAAGUAAUCGCAGAGGUGCUUGGAUUGAAUGCCAUCGAUCGACAAAACAUGACUCAAGAUGAUUAUUCAAACUUGAUCAUGAAGGAGAUUGAGAACAACGCGCUGGUUUUGUACUAUGCCAGUGUCCAGCUGCUACACGCUGUCCACCCGGAUCUUGCAAACUUGGUUACUAAGUUUUGGGAAUCGAAGAUGAAGGGGGCCUUCGAGAAUCUGAACAGACUGAGUGUGACUGAGCAAGAGAGCAGAAGGAUUGUGUUGAAUCUGAUCACCGCGGGGUCUUCCAACAGCUUUGAAAAUGACAACUUCAAUGUCGUGAGCCCUGAGGCUUCCGAUGCAGACAGAUCCGUGCAUUUCGUUGGCAUGAGGGCAAAUCUCAACAAGAGGAUCGCAAUCGUCUCUGAAGAUCACCUGACCUACUUGCCCACAAUCAUUUCUAAGGAAACUCACUUUGCACAAGAAGAAGUCUUUGUGGAGGAAAGCAAUUUCGAGUCUCUCUUCUUGAAGCUCAAGCAAGCGAACCCAACUUCCAUCACGUUCCUGUAUGUGAACAUCACUGGGAAGAUCACGGCAGACCAGAUGAAUCAGCUCAUUACGUUACCAGCUCCUGCCUUCAAGAUGAUCUUCCGGCACUCGAACAGCAUACUCAAGCUGUUGGAAUUCAGUCCGUCAUUUAAAGACCUCAUCUAUCGUCCCGAUAGCAUCAGAGAAUCUAUUGACCAGAAAUUCCUGCCCAUUUCAUUCUCAAGGCAAUCUGCUGUCGGCUCCGUACUGAAUGAAACCUACGAUCGACUCUGUAAAACUCCUCAAGAGCUCUGCCGUUCGUAUUGGUGCAAAGAGACUCCUCUCAAGUACGCCAUGGAGUGCGGGAGGUGGCUACAGACUGUGAGGGAGUGGAUGGACCAGCCUGUCUCUCAGGCGGACAAGAUGGAAAGUUUCAUUCGCAUUCUAGUGUGCUCGGAUCACAGCUGGACUGCUAAUACUAUUUAUGAAUCGGCGUAUGAGGCUGUCAAAAUACGACUGAUCGAUGCCGGAGACAGAUCUAACUUUGACAACCUGAAGGAGUUCUUGUCUGAGAACUCAGAGCUUCGUAUCACAGGCGCUCGGGCCGAGGAGAAGAAUCGCCAGAAGAAUGUGAACAGCUCGAUCAAGUGCCCAACGAUUAUCCUUUCAAGAGCUUCGUUCCUCCCACAGAGAAAGCUCGAAGUCUUGAUAUCUCGGUGCUUCAAGUCGAACGUCAAGAUCGUUCUGCUGGUUACAUGCCCGCUUGUCAGCCUCUGCAGAUUCAGAAUCUAUCAGGACAGUCGUUCGCCACCUACAUGGAUUCAUGCUCCCAUACUGACUCAAAGGAAUAAUAUCUACCCGGAGAAGAAUAUUGACAAGUACGGGUUGAUCUGCAGAGGUCUCAAGUUGAUGUUCUCCUUAGAUCACAUCAUUACUGAUACCCAGAAAGGAUUUAUUGAAGAGUUCAUGAGAGGAGGGAUGCAGAAUCUCAAUCUACUGAACUUUCUUGACCAGAAUGACGACUUGCUGAGAGUUGAGAACAAGCAUGUCCUGGAGGAGAUCUUCAGCAAUCUGUCCAAGGCAGAUCAGCCCAUCAUGGUACCUUGCAAAGUGCUGGAAGAGGAAUGCAAAACUCUUGCUGGCCUCCUUGCACGGCAUGUCAACCAUUACAUCCGAUGCACAUCUGAAAGUUGGACUGAUGAGAUGCCAUUGAUCUGCUUUGCGGACUUCUGUCGUCAACCUUGCGUUCGGUUCUUGAGCCAGCUGCAUCGCAUUGAGGCGUACAUCCAUUUUCUUUGUCAGAACACAGACGAAGGCAGCUCUCUAGUUCACAGGGAGAAGAACCUCCCUUUCGGCCUCCCCCUGAUUCAAACGGCCAACCUGGGGGACGCCAAUGUUCACUGUGCCAACAACCCCGGCAGGCUCUUGUGCGCUGAAUUGUCUUACCAUCAGUCACACCUCCAUGAUAACCGCUCCAAGUACCCCAUGUACCUCGACCCCGGGAAGGGCGACGCCAUCAUCCGACACCAGGAGAUUAUGGAGCAUCAGUCCAUCGUGGGAGCGGAGCUGAACUGGGAGGAGAUGUUUGUCAAGUGGCAGACAGGCCCUGAGCUCACCAGCGAAGUCUUCAAGCAUAUCUGCACGCACUCGCCCAGCCGAAUCAUGCUGCUGCUGAGUUUGAGCCCUUCCCAGAUCGUGAACCUGACGCUGGGCAAGGAUGGGAUCCAGGAGAUCGAGAGGGAUUACUCUGCUUGCCAGGGACUGCUCCACAGCUUGCCGACUGACAAGUUCUACGUGCUGAGAUCUCGAACGGCAGCUAUCUGGUGGCUGCUACUGGUUUCUGGGUCCACUGCCGUGUUGACCAACGACUACUUCGAGGAGGACCAGAUUCUGCUGCUGAAGAACGGCAUCUUCUUUGAGACCAAGGGCUCCGAUGAUCAAGUAACGAGCGGUGAGAAGCUUCAAUUGUACCUCUCGGUCGCAAGGGCGAUGAUCGCGCUGGAUAAGGUGGAGACAUUGAGCGAGCAGCAUGCGAUCAGAGACUUCAUCAUGUCUGAGAAGAACAAAGUUGAGAUCAGCAAGAUGCUGUCGGACCCGAGCCUCAGGAUCGGUAGAGCUCUGAUGAGCGUUUGCCUGUCCAAAGAAAACUUGACCAAGAUACUCCAAGAGACAUAUGGGUCGGUGAUGAAGAAUAUUCUUGGCGGGUGGCUGGAAUGGGCUAAGGACGCAGACUCAGUUGCAAUGGUGGACAUGGUCAAUACUUCCACGUCGAUCGCAGCUCGGGUGAGGCCCAAGGCUCUCCUUCACCUUGUCAAGUCGGCUAAUCCUCCGUACAAGCUCACCCUCUUCAGGGAUGGGAUCCUCGUGCCAAGUCUCGAAGCCAUCAAGGCAGCGCAUGGAGAGGAGAAGGCCUUCGAUUUCUAUGCAGAGUUCUUGAACGGGUUGUGCACGCAGCAGACUCGAGCUCUUGCUGUAGAGAUGAUUGAAGUUUUGUCCGAACAUGGAUUCGAACCGCCAGUGCUUUUCCCUUCUGACCUGAUUCCUGAGCCUUGGUCCCUCAUCUACAAGACCUUUGCCGAUAACGAGUGUGCCAGGGACCUGAUGCAGAUGGCACUGUCCCACAAGUUCGACCUGCCGUUUGAAAGCUCCAAGAAGCUCUGCACGGUUUACAUCAUGCAUUUCAAGAACAAGACGUUCGAGGAGGCUGACCUGCUGAAACACGUCGAGCUGCUGCACAACGAGCUCUCCAGGAGCACUAUGUUUACCGUCAUGAACGCUACACCAGAGGAGAGCAACGAGUCCUUCCUUGCCCUCCUUUGGUUCUGCUGGUGGGCCUGUCCUGCCCGGUCCCUGCAGCUGCGUCACAGCCCGCAGCCAGGAAGCUGGAUGCUCUUCAAGAAAGUCGCUCGAGCAGCUGACCCUUCCUUCUCGUCGCUGCAGGGGCUGAGCAAUCUUGCCAGGUUCACUCUUGCUCCUCACACGCUGCCAGCCAGCAUGUUCAACGCGAUCAAGCGCAACGUGAUUGGCACGAAGAACCUCAUCGAGAACGAGAACUACGUGGUCGGUCAGGCUCAGAAAGCAGGAUGGCCCGUGUACAGUUUUAGGUGUCACUCCCGCCACCUUCCGAGGAGCUGUGUAGACUUCCUCAUCAAGUCUAUGGAGAACUCUCAGUUCCCUGGACUUCAAUUCCAGGAGAAGGAGAAGUUCAGGCGUAUGUUUCCUAUCACAGACAAGGGCGUCACCCCAGAGCUUGUGCUGCACAACCUCAACAUCCUCUUGCAUAUCGACGACACCCUCAACUCCAUCGACGAGACCAAGAUUCAGGAGCAGAGAGCGCAGAUCUUCCUGACGGGCUUGGCUUGGUUCUAUGCUGCAGGCAUGUCUCUUGAAGACCUCGGGAAGAUGAGUGGGAGUAGGCUGAAGCAAACUCUCAACAACAACCUCCUCAAGAUGCGAAAGAUAUGGAGCCAGCCCAAGUUCACUACCGAGAUGGUCUACUGUCCUCUUCCAGUGUACAUGGAUGUUCGCUUCCGGAGCGGCAAAGACAACAUUCCGCUGUUCCAAGGCAACUCCGACAGCGAGAGCUUGACGAUCCAGUGGCUGUUGACCCUUCUGCUGCAGUUCGAUGUGAGAGACAUGGGCCCCAUCACCCGAUACCUGCAGCACACGAAGAAGAUCAGAGACGGGGAGACAUACGACCAGAACUUUCCGCUCAAGUUGAUGGAGGAGGUCAUGGAGAGCAUAGCUCAUAAGCUUGAGCAGAAGUAUUCACAAGUGGAUUUCUCCGCUGAGUACAAAGACGACCCCGCAAACUUCCACGUCAUCUUCGUGCUGGACGACUCUGGCUCCAUGGCAGGGUCAGGUUGGGCAAGUCUCGUAGCUGCAGUUCGAACUUUCUUCAAUAUUCGUAAGACUGCAAGCGCAAAAGACAUGAUCUCUAUGGUUGCCUUCAACUCAUCUGCCAGGACUCUGUGCAAGAAUAUCACUCUAGACGAUGCGCUAGCGAAGUUGGACGCUUACCUUGUUCUCAAAGGAGGGGGCACUUCAUUCGGACCUGCUCUGAGCGAGGUCGACCGCAUUUUGUCGCAGACGGACAACUCUCAGCUUCCUCCAGUCAUUUUGUUCAUGUCCGAUGGCGACUCGCAUGAGAACGGAGAGCGGGAGAUGCAGCUUCUCUACUCUAAAUACUCGCAGUACGGCCUUCAAGUCAACACGCUUGCCUUCGGGACCUCGUUGCAGGUGGACAAGCUCAAGAGGCUGGCGGAAUGUGGGCAUGGGACCUUCCUGGAAGCGAUUGAUGGAUCAGCCUUGGAAGCAAAGUUUGCUGACGUGGCAACCAACCUCAAGGAGACCAGUAGGAAUCCUGCGAUUGCUCAGAGGGACUUCACUACGAAUGAGGCUCAGAUGCAAAGCAGAGUCGUCGAAGACAUGGUGACCAUCGCAGAUUUCUUCUCACAGCUGCGAUCAUGUGACGGCGAGGCAAUCAUUCAAAGUUGCGUCCAAGGCUUGUGCUCGGGUCUGAAAAGAUGUUCCGACAAGCUGCAGGUCACUGUAGCAGACACGCUGUACACGCUGAUUGGGAUCACCCCAGUGAACGAGGGGUUUGAGGUUGUGUGUAUGCUUCGUGAGUGGCAAAGACAAAACAUUGUCUACAGCUCGUCAGUUCUGAACGAGAUUGAGUACAUCGCAACGAACCUGUAUGCGAAGUAUGACUACAAGCAGCUGUCUCAAAGACUGUUGGAUCUUGUGGGCAGCAAGAAGAGAAGGAAUCACAAACACAAGCAUUACGUGAGAUGCCCGGCUCAAACCUUGCUGCCGCAAAAGAUAGAGGAUAUCUUAAAUGCUGGCAGAGAGUUGAAGAUCUAUGAGGAUAUUAUCUUCAAGGAGGGCUUCGAGUUCCACACCUCCUCUGCGCCUGCGGUUGAGACUGCAGAUCGAGGCAGCAUGGCGCGAAGGAGGGCAAAGAACGUGGAGAACAAGAGGUUCGCCAACUUCGAUCAUGUUCGCGAUCAUGACAGGCAGAGCCCUCAAGUUCUUGUCGAGCGAAAGACGUUGACGCUCUUCAAGACCGCCUUCUCCUCCGAUCGUCUCCGUCCCCAGCAGUCCAAGAGCUCGCGAGUGACCGGCAAGCUGCGAAGGGACAUGAAUCAGGCGGAGCGAACGAUCUCAGCCCGCAAGCUGGUGAGCCUCAACAUCAAGGACGGCUACGGCAUCGUCCAUAUCGUGCCAGGACUGAACCCGGUCUUGCGAAGCCCCGGAGACUCACGAAAGAUUCCUCUGUCGCAGCAGACCAACUUGCGGCGACGACAGCAGAAGAGCUUCGACGAGGCAGAGCUGGGGCAGCUCGCUGAGAUAGAAGCCAUCUUCUCCCACAACGGGGGAGCCUGGGAGCAUCUCAACAACCUCCCGAGGUUGUCGACUAUCACAGCCAAGGGGUUCUACCUGCGCAAGAACUUGGAAGGAGACUGGAUGGUCUUGUUGGGAGCAGCAUCUCUGGAUAGCGCAAAGAACCCUCCUGUCUUCCUCUACACCUUGCUAGACGUCUGCAAGCUAGCAGUGCUCGACUUCGACGCUGCUGUUCUUGAAACGAUCAAAUCAAUCGUCCAGAUGUCGUACUUUGCUGCGCAGAAAGCUCGUGGCUGGGAUGCAGAUGAAUUGAAGGAGAUCGAUCAGGUGCUGAAUGAGCUCAGGCGUAUUAGCGACGAGCAGGGGGAGGAAGAGAACUUGUUUUGCGAUUACAUCCGGUCCGAGAACAUCGUCUGCGAAGCCAUCCUGAGGAUCAUGGAUGAGAUCAAGGAGGAUGACAACGGGCUGAACACGGUGCUGGAGUACCUGGAUCUGCCGAGUUUGGAGCAGGAUCUGAAUGUCGAGAGCCAGUGCCUGACUCACCUGGGAGAGGCCAUGUCCAACAACCUGUCGCUCAUCGUCGGGAUCAGAGACUGGGUGCCAAGGUCACAGAUGGUGUUCACCUUGAAGUUGGCGGAGCAUAAUCAGAGCAGCUUCCUGGCAAGGUUGGACGAUGCGAAUGGAGGAGACGAGUUGGAAAUCAACGAAGAGGUGGAUGGAGAGCUGAGAAUCAGCUUCGAAGCCAACAACGACGAGCCGUACCUUGUUCGGUUCGAUAACGAUGGGACGCGGAAUGCCAACGCGGUGCUGAACAACCUGAUCACGGCGCACGAGCACAUCACCCAGCAGAAGUUCAUGGAGCAGUCGGUGGAGUUUCUGACCUCCAUCACCAGACGGAAGCGGCUGAACGCGCAGUCGGUCUGGACUCAGCACUUCGAAGACUCUGACUCGGAAGGGGAGGAGAAGCAGCAGGAGAAGGUCUACACGAAGAAGACCGAUGACAACACCAAGCGUCUCAUCGACUCGGCGAAGAAGGAGAGAAACCUCGGCCAAGGACAAGAGGAGAAAGUCACUUACAUAGACGAUGUGCAUGACCUGCCGACAGAUAACCCUGAGAGCAACUCCGGAACAGCUCAGAACUCCUUGUUCCCAGCCACCUGGGGCUACGGGAACAGAGUUUGCUCCAAGUUUGCCGUCAUGUCUCUCUCAGGGGAGAAGGUUCCCUUGUAUCAAGUUCAGAUCGACGUCAAGAGGCUCAAAAUCAAGUACAACGAGCGCGACGGGCUGCCGAUAGUCUACGUGUUCCACAAGAGCCUCCUAGUCAAGUCGUUGGAACAUUAUCUCAAGGUCAAGACCAAGAAGUCGAACAUCUCGGGAGACACGGACAUAUCAGAGCACAUCUACGACCUGCUCUCUCACCGCAGUGACCUGCUCAGCUGGCUCUGCAAUCUUGUCCGGUCACCCCUGCCAGAAGACGCCAAGUCUUGGUUCCUUAACCAGCUCGAAAAGGGCCCAACGACCGCGAGGGUCCCGUCGCUGUGCAUCGAAGACAGCUCUUCCGGCAGCAUAGGAGGAGACUUGAACCUGCUCGUCAUCGCCCACUGUGUGGCGAUCUCGCUGCCCUCCCCCAACCACUGCCUCUCGCUCUUCCAGAGGUCCUUCCAUGUUCCUCCUCACUUCCUGCCGUUCUGCAAGCGCAAGAACGACCUGUACGGCGUGCACAUCGUUCGUGGGGGCACGUUGGGAGAGCUGAAGAAGCACGGGGCCAUCGUUGAAGUUUGCGAUCUGGGAUAUGACGCGCUGACUCGAUCGAAGGACAACGCGAGCAUGUACCUGACCAUCAUCGGUCACUUCUCGGCCUACACUUGGCUGGUGUACGUGACCGGGCUUGACAGCAUCGAGGACGCGCUGCUGAAAUGGUUGGCGGAGUACACUCGGAUACACCCGUGGCGGUUCGUGUACCUAGAGAACACGCAGACAAGCUGGAACUUCUCGGAGAACAGAGAUCGGUGCGUGUAUGAGUUUGCUCCUGCUCCUAUUGAGAGGAGCAUCCGGAAUGAGGCAGACUUGCAGUCAGAGCACGUUGUCCGACUGCGCCCCACACACAUUCAGCCCUACCCGAGGAUGAAAGAGUCCAUCGCCAAGUUCGAGGCUGUCAAUGGCAAGCCUUUCUACAGCAGCUGGGAGAAGACCGAGAGGUUUGUGUCGGAGUUCUUCGGAGGGGAAGGGGGCAGUAAGAGCGAGAAAGACUUUGCCGACUACAGGACGUCGCUGAAAGACAUCAUGCUGGAAGCCAAGCCCUGCCUCGUCCUCCUCUGCUCUCCCCCUGGAGCAGGAAAGAGUUUCUUCUCCAACCAGAUCGCAGAGGAGCUCAAGGGAAGGCAUCAGAUGUCCAAGGCCUUCAUAGAUGGUAGUGACGAUCGGCUUGUCGACAUGGCCCUGACGGAGAUCCUCGAGUGCGAGAUCGCGGACUCCUCGGCUCACCUCUUUCUCAUAGUCGACGAGUUCCACAUGCUCAAGGACGUCCACAAGGUUCAGCUCUUCCAGUGGCUGCGGCUCAACGUGCGAAGGCUCCACGUGCUGCUGAUUGCCAACCGGAAGGACUCCCGAGACCUGGAGCACCUGAAACAGCUCAAGGAGGAUGGAACCAAGAUCGGCAUCGAGCCCGAGCGCGUGGUCGACAUCGUGACGCGUCUCGGAAACACCCUGCUGAGCGAGGUGAUGGACGCCAAGAAGACCCGCAACGGCUCAGGGAUCCGCAAGUGGAUGCACUGCGCCCGGUGCAUCUUUGGGGGCGAGGCCGUGUCCCUUCGAGGGAUCGCCGAGCUCGAGGACAUCUUGUCGCAGACCUCGUCCAUCUCAGCUGAGAAGCUUGCUGGGUUCCUGCUGAACAAGGUUCCCACAGUGUCCACCAUUACCGCACAGCAGUUCGCCGAGGCGUUCCUGGCGGCCAUGGAGGGAGCGAAGAGGGGGGAGGACCCGAUCCUCUCCAUCACUCGGAGCCUCAAGGGGAUGGUGGCCUCCAUGUUUCAAGCGGCUCUCCUCACUGAGAACGCCGACAACCUCGGGAUGGACUUCCCUGACUUCGUCUCCUUCGGCCUCGAUCGCGCCUACGACGCUCCUCCUGCUCUGAGAAUCGCGGCUUGGUGCUGCCACAUGCGUGCGCAGGCGAGGAAGGACCCCGCAUCAGGCGGGGUCGAGCGAUGCAGCAAGAUGGACGAUCCGCAGGUCAUGUUCGAGAACAAGCUCGUGGAUCAGUGCGGGUUCCCGCUGCAGCUGGAGGUGGAGUGCAACAACGAGCUUGCCGAGGGCAUCGCCUUCUCCUGGGGGGGCGACUACUCCAGGCUCGAAGACAUCAUCGAUGCCGUCAAGCACGGACACUCGGUGGACUGGAACGACGUGCAGAACAAGUGCUGGAACACGGAGCCCGUGCAAGACAGCUCGCUGCUGGUGGAGCUGCUCUCCGUCUGCACCUCCCCUGCCAAGGUGCUUUCGGCACUCAAGAACGACAACCUGUGCUCGCUGCUCAAGAAGUCUUCUCCCUCCGACAGCCUCGCCAUUGCCAAGGACAUUCUCAAGUAUCAGAUCGGCAUGGAGAACGCCGAGGAGGACAAGUACCUGAGCCCCUACCGCACAGCUCUGUGGAUGACGAUACUCUACGACAACUCGCUCGACUCUCCGCAAGCGCUGUUGAGGGCGAUGGGUCAACCCGACGGCGGCAGCAGCGACAGGCCGACAGAGACUGAGAGCACGCUGGUCGACUGUCUGAUCUGGGCGUCGACGCACAUGCAGGACAUGAUCUCGUGCAAGAUGAGCGACAACGCAGAGGAGAAGACUGUGUUUCUCAUCCAGACGCUCGUGUCUCUCAGCAGGAAGAUGAUCCUAGCGGAUGAGCCCAUCGAGCGGAUCUCCCGGCUCUGGGGGGGAAUGUUUGCCCAGUUGCUCAGCUGCUCGGACGAGGAGGACCCGAGGCUGUCGUUCAACGACGUGCUACUGCACGUCGCUCUCUACUCGGAGGACUGCUACGACCUCUGGGAAGAACCUCUCCCCGCCCUCUGGGCUGUCGCCAAGGGGAAGGGGACAGCGUCGCAGAUCACGGACUUGUGGAGCAAGCACAGGCAGCUGCUCUUCGGCAACAACGACGCCGAGCUGGGGGUGUGGAGGAUCCUCCCCGAGAGCAGCAGCUCCAUGCUGCAUCCCAGGCUUGCGGGCGGCAUCCUGUGCACAGACGGAGAGAUCGACCUGCAGCUGCAGAUGGCGAUCCUCACCCGAGGAGGAGACGUCGACAUGGAGUUCGUGGGGGUGACUGACAGGAACUACAACAACGCCAUGAGGCUGCUGGGAGCAGCACUGGAGACUAUCAGCAAGGACGACGUGAGCAAGGUGAACGUCAAGGACGGCAAGUUCCGCUCCCUCGUCAUGGAGGCCUUGCAGAACCUACAGAACUAG